GGCAGCAACGGGGCCGGGACAACGCAGGCGCGGGCGGGGGUGGCGGCGGCGUCGCGGUGCGGGCGGCCCAUGGCUGUGGGCGGCGGGCCACGAUGACCGACUACAGCGAGGAGCAGCGCAACGAGCUGGAGGCGCUGGAGUCCAUCUACCCGGACUCGUUCACGGUACUGUCAGAGAAGCCAACAACUUUCACAAUCACUGUGACAUCUGAAGCUGGAGAAAAUGAUGAAACUGUCCAAACAACCCUUAAAUUUACCUAUAGAGAAAAAUACCCUGAUGAAACUCCACUAUAUGAAAUUGUCUCACAGGAGAAUCUUGAUGAUAAUGAUGUUAUGGACAUAAUAAAACUGCUAGAGCAGCAGGCAGAAGAAAAUUUAGGAAUGGUAAUGAUCUUCACUCUAGUCUCAGCAGUACAGGAGAAAUUAAAUGAAAUUGUGGAUCAAAUAAAAACACGAAGAGAAGAAGAGAAGAAACAGAAAGAAAGAGAAGCAGAGGAAGAAGAGAAGCAACGAUUUCAUGGCACUCCUGUUACCAUUGAGAAUUUCCUUAACUGGAAGGCCAAGUUUGAUGCAGAGCUUCUAGAAAUAAAGAGGAAAAAGAUGAAAGAAGAAGAACAAGCAGGCAAAAAUAAGCUAAGCGGUAAACAGCUGUUUGAAAUGGAUCACAACCUUGACACCUCUGACAUCCAGUUCUUGGAGGAAGCUGGAAACAAUGUGGAGGUUGAUGAAUCUUUAUUUCAAGAAAUGGAUGAUUUAGAGCUGGAGGAUGAAGAGGAUGACCCUGACUACAACCCUGUUAAUUUAGAUAGUGAUUAGACUUAUUUGAACUGAUUCUGUCAUCAGUAUGGACAUAUGUAAGGAGAGAGGGGCAGGCAGGAAAGCCACAGCAUCUGUGGUUUUAGUAAUGUGUAUUGUUUUUCUUUUUUCUUAUUUUUUUUCCAAAGAAAAAAAAACCCAACAUAUUUUAAAUCCAGGAGAAUGGUCUUCUGAUGACUUUCACUAUAAAUAAAUUUACUUUAAUAUUUCAAACGAAAAUUUUGAGAAAUAUUGAUCUGUCUGAAAACACUUUUCUAUUUUCUCUUAAUUAUUUUUCUCCCUACUUCUGUAAUUAUCCUUUGAAGAGAUGUGGCAACAUGCAAGAUGGAAAAAUGUUACAGCAAGCACUAAACACACCUGCAUCUGAAUGCUGAGCAGCUUUUCUGCUGUCUUCCACCUGGGAUAAACAGGGGCAGCUUUGGUGAAUAAAAGGGAUCACAUACUAUGCAGUUAUUUAUAUUUUUGUUCCUCCUGUGGAAUUUUUUAAUAAUUCAAGUCAGUUCUGGUGCCCCAAUUAUCAGCUGUAGAUAGACAGCACUAGUCACCUUUGUUGUAUAGCCUUAUUAAAGUCUAGUGGAAACCAUUUCUGUACUAUUAGAAUGAUGUUUUUCUGCCAUAGUCAUGAAUAAUAUUUUCAAAAUUGUGAGUUCAGGUCAGUAGGGGGAAAAAAAAUCAGAAUGUGAAGCCUCUUGAAGUGUGGUUGGUCUGUUCAGAGAUGGUUUGGGUUUUUUUGAAUGUGUGCCUCAAUGAACUUCUAUGAAAAAUAAAAACCCACCUUAGGAAAAUGA